AUGGCUGUAGACCCCUUCAUUGAGGCAGCCUUUGGGCCGCCUCCUGAUGGCGUUGACCUGACCGAGAGCCAGGCCACGAAGAACAAUGCCAUUGUGAUUGUUCUCCUCAUCAUUGCUGCUCUUUCUGUUGCCGGUCGCCUGGUCGCUCGCAGCAAGUAUGGACCUGGUCUAAGCCUCGAUGACUACGCCAUCGUCGUGGCUUGGGUACUUGUCGCAGCAACGGCAGGAAUGGUAAUAGCCAUUGGCCAGGCUGGGGCUGGUCGCCAUGUCUGGGCUCUGAGCGUGGAUGAUCUACUGCUCUAUAUCUAUAGCUUCAUCUUCUGCACCGCCGUUCUAUCUACCAAGAUAUCGAUCCUCCUCUUCUACUGGCGUGUCUUCAUGGGCAACCUACUGUCAUUCCGCUUCUCCAUUUGGAUUGGAGCCUUUCUCGUCGGCUCAUACCCUAUCUACUUCAUGAUCACCAUGGGGUUCUGCUGCAACCCACUGUCGCACUAUUGGACUCAGUUCAAGGGCACUACAGGCACGUGUCUGGACGUUGGCCACUUCUUCUUUAUUCUGGCUAUCAUCAACCUGAUCACGGAUGUCAUACUGUUGGCGAUUCCGGUUCCCGAGAUCCUUAAGCUUCAAAUGAGCAAGGACAAGAAAAUUGCAGUGUGCGGCAUUCUUGGCCUAGGAGGAUUUGUCUGCAUAGCUAGUGCGGUGCGUGUGCACUAUCUCAAAGUCUUCUCCACGGCCACCGAUAUAACAUGGAUGAUGGGUCCAGUAGCGAUUUGGUCAUCGGUUGAGCCGUCUGUGGGCAUCUUUUCUGCCUGUCUUCCUAGUUUCAAGCCAUUGCUCCGGGCCAUCAGAGGCAGGAACAUGAAAUCCAGUAGCUCAGGCGACAAGGGAUCUAUUUACCCACUAGGCUCAAAGGGCACUCGAAGUACACGGCCCAGGUUGAGGCUGGAUGAUGAGAUUGCUUUGCAGAGUCAGGCAGUGGGAGGCGAGGGAAGCGGAAGCAUGCACAGCGAAAAUGACAGCGAGUUUGGACGCCAUAUCCACGUCAAGACCGAUAUCAAGCAGACGGUCAAUGACUUUUCAUAG